AACAAACUUCCAAUGUGACAUUUUCAACAUACAUGUCUUUGAUUUCACACUGGGUUGAGUGCAAGCUGUAAUGCUAUUAGCUAUAGGACUAUUGUUGCACAUUUUUCAAUAAGCUCCCAAUACUAUUUAAUUUUUUCUUUAUAAUACAUUCCACCGAAAGUCACAUAAACAUGCACCAUUCACUAGGAACAGAAUAAAGCAAAGAACAAAAGAAUCCAUAGUAACCAAAACUUCCUUUUGGCCUUUAACCUUUAUCUAAAAAAUUCUGCAUUAACAUUUCCACAUUCAGGCAAGAUUAAAAAAGCAGUGACAUGGGGUGCUGCUUCCAUGGCUCCACAGCUAUGCCACCAAUGGAAACCUCUCUACCGGGAAGUAGUACCGUUGAAGACUAUGCAGGACCCAAGAACCUCAAACAAGAAGUCCUGAUACAAAUACCAGGAUGUAAAGUUCAUCUGAUGGAUGAAGGAGAGGCUUUUGAACUAGCUCAAGGCCAUUUCAUAGUCAUCAAAACAUUGGAGGAGAAUGUGUCUCUCGCAACAAUUAUAAAAGUCGGAAACGAACUUCAGUGGCCUUUGACUAAAGAUGAGCCUGUAGUGAAGCUAGAUGCCCUCCAUUACCUGUUUUCGUUGCCCGUGAAAGACGGCGAGCCUCUUAGUUAUGGCGUAACCUUUUCGGAAGAUAGUUAUGGAAGUUUGAGUUUUCUAGAUUCGUUUUUGAAAGAGCACUCUUGCUUUUCUGGCUUAAAGCUGAGUAACAAGAAUGAUCUUGAUUGGAAGGAGUUUUCUCCGAAGGUUGAAGAUUACAAUCAUUUUCUGUCCAAGCUUAUUGCAGAAGGGACUGGUCAGAUUGUGAAGGGUAUCUUCAUCUGCAGCAACGCUUAUACAAACAAGGUUCAAAAAGGAGGAGAAAAGAUCCUAACUAGUCAUGCAGAUGAGAAAAACGGCGUUGCGGUUAAGGAAAGUACGAGCAACAAGAGCGCGGCGGCCUCAAAGAAGAACAAGAUCAAUAAAAACCUCAAACGUGUGAGGAAGCUGUCUAAGAUGACAGAAAAGUUGAGCAAAUCUUUGCUUAAUGGUGUUGGCAUAGUUAGUGGAACAGUGAUGGCUCCUUUGGCUAAAUCAAAACCUGGGAAGGCAUUGUUAAGGAUGUUACCUGGUGAGGUGCUGUUAGCUUCAUUUGAUGCAGUCAACAAAGUUCUAGAUGCAGCUGAAGCUGCUGAAAAACAAACUCUUUCUGCUACUUCAAAAGCUGCUUCCAGAAUGGUCUCUAACAGGUAUGGGGAAAAUGCUGGGGAAGCUACAGAGCAUGUGUUUGCAACUGCAGGACAUGCUGCUAACACUGCUUGGAAUGUCUUUAAGAUUCGAAAGGCCAUCAAUCCAGCUUCAUCAGCAACCAAGGGUGCACUGAAAAAUGCUGUCAAAAAUACAAGUUUUAAGCAUUAAAUUCCAUUCAAGUUGCUUUAUACUUGUUUUGUCAAAAAAAAAAAAAAGUGGUGCAAUUAAUUAGUACUUUAUGUAUAACUGUAUUCAUUUCAAUUUCAAGUUUUCACCAUUUAAGAAGAAUUAAGUCUUAAGCUUUGAUUUUAGAAGGAUGUAAUGUAACAGAAGGUGAAUUCAAAUUUAAAAAACAUAAGUGGAAAUGAAUUCAUGU